AUGUGCGGCUGGAGAAGCGAUCCAACCAAUCCUUGGUUAAUCACUACUCUCAACAAGAGCACCCCACAGUUCCCGUUGCCAAACUCAAGUUGGCCUAUCCUUUGCCUCUCAAAGGAGGUCCUGCAAGAAGCCAAUUCAGGCGAAUCCUGGUUUGCGGACGACGUUAAUCCUUCGGUUUUUAAGACACCUCAAUAUCUUAUCCGAACCCGUCUUCGCAGCCCCAGUGUGCCUGCCUCUCUCGGUCUCCGUUGUCUUACUUUCUCCUCCUUCUUCAAUCUGGGCAGACGUGUGGGUGCUGCAAGCGGCCAUUUGGGUCUAGCUCUUCUCUUACAAAAACCCGGUGCAUUUUUGGAGUCUCCCAGUUUCGGAGGCGAUGGCCCUGCAUCGCUUGCAGUUUUCUUCCCUUGGUCCUGCGGGGUUGAUGAGAAUGAACCCGUCACGAUGGCAGGAAGGUUGUCAUGGUCGAUCAAGCCGCUUGCUGUUUGCGAUUUUGACGAUGAAGAGACGUGCGGGUGGAUGCAUGAAGAAGCUGUAUGGUCACACCGAUGGGCGAUUGAACAAGGCUACCUAUGUCUUGCGGCUAAAGUGCCCUCCUCAUCAUCUAGAAAAAAGACUUCUUGGGUAUCCAGCCUCUCCAGUGGGCAGAGGAAGCCCACUGCAGAUGCUCAUGUCCGAUUUGCCAGUGCUCCCAUUUCUGCUGUUGUCGGAGUAAAGUGUAUCGUCUUUGUGUAUUCUAUUAAUUUAGCACGAGGAAAGGCGUCCAACUUGGGCUCGUCUUUUGGCAGUUUAACAUUGUUGCAGCAACAGGAAGGACCUUACAACCACGUGUUGAAAUGGUUUGCCACUAGAUUUCAAACCAGCCACCAGUUUCUCCUUGUUGACAAUGGUGGUACAAGCUUUAUUCCUCCAUCUCGAUGUUCUGCUUUUUCUGAGACGCCGCUCAUCAAACCGGUGGCAGUUUGUAAUUUCAACGAUGGCGAUACGUGUGGUUGGAUGCAUGAGGGGGCUAUAUGGAUGCAUCGAUGGGAAGCCGAGCAGGGUUAUCUCUGUCUCAAGGCUAAAAUGUCCACAUUUUCGUCCAAAAUGAAAACUUCUUCAUGGCUACCUGGCCUCUCCACUAGUCAUCGAAAACCAUCCGCAGACAUUCGAGUUCGAUUCACCAGUUCCCCUGUACCGUCUGCCUUCGGGUUGAAGUGUAUCGCUUUUGGUUAUUCCAUUGGUUUGGAGCAGUCGUCGUCGUUGCUCAAGCCACUGGCAGUUUGUGAUUUUGACGACGGAGAAACGUGCGGUUGGGUGCAUGAAGAGGUUCCCUGGGCGUAUCGAUGGGCGAUUGUACGGGAUCGCCUCUGUCUCAAGGCCAAAGUGCCCUUAAACUCCCCGUCCAAAAAGAUCUCUUCUUGGCUUCGGGGUCUUGCUAUUGAUCAAUCAAGUGACGAAAUUGAUAUCAAAUGGCAGCUUCCGAUUUCGACGAUGGUGAUGUGUUUGGUUGAAUGCACGGAAAAGCCACAUGAGCACAUCGAUGGGCAGUUGAAACAGUCUCUUUCAAGCUCACUAGAAACUAAGGUAUGUCGCCUUUAUAUAUUCCAUUGGUCAUGGCCGCCAAAAGUCCCUCCAAUUCUGUCGGAGCUUUUAGAAGUUUCUCUUUACGCCAGCAACAUCUGUCACCCCACGGGCUGUUGUAAGAGCAGUCUCGAUAUCUUCAUGCCGUUCCACGUCUGGACCUUCGAAGAAGGGGACAUGGAAGAUUGGUCUAAUGACAAUAACAACGGGCAGCAGAAGUGGCAUGUUGGGACAACACACCUACCUUCCUCCUCCAUCUGUGUGUCUGCAAAAGCUUCAGGAAAGAAGUCAAAAAAAUUUUUCUCUACAACUUAUUCCAAGAAGACCUCUUCUCGUCUCUGGAGUCCCAGCGUAUCUGGCAGUUUUGGAAUCAAUUGUAUUACCAUCCAAUAUGCUAUCGAGAGAGCCAGUCAGACCCCUCCGAAACCCUUUUUUGUGUGGACCUUCAACGAAAACACAGGAAAGUGGACCAACGAUGCCGCGAAUUGGCAUCAGAAAUGGGAGCUUAUUAACGGAGCCAUUUGUUUGCGUAAUGUGCCGUCCGAAUCUGGAGAAUCUGAUGAUACUAUGUUUUGGUUAUCCUUGAAUACUGUAAAAGAAGACAUAAUCAGGAAUACAAAGGCUCUGCUCUGGAGCCCGCCUAUUCCACAAAGUGUUGGAAUGCGCUGCAUCACCAUGGACUAUUUGAUAGACAUGUUUUCUGAGAACUCUGAGGCCCAUCGUCUUGCCAUGCUGCAACAACAAACUGGGUGA